GAUAUUUUGAUGGCCGCGAUGUUGUGCUAAUGAAGUUGUGAGAUUCAGGAUUCGUUUGUCGUUUUGGGGAUUUUUUAUGACCAUGAUGCCGGGAGAGAAUCAGUCCGGAGCGGGAGGAAUGGCUGCUUCUGAAGCCACUACAGGAACCUGUCAGAACUGUACUGUGUUACACCAGAGCCUGGAGGAAUAUGUGGCUGCUUUGCUGAAACUAAAAGAGAAGAUCAUAGAUACAGAUCGGCUGUUAAGCGAGUACAAGGAGAAAUGUGAUGAGCUACAGAAAUCCCAAAGAGAGAACAGCGAUUUGCAUAAAGAGCUGGACGUGGUGCGUCUGAAACUCGGUCCGUUAGAAAAACAGUCGGCAGAUUACGAGGCCAUCAAGACCGAACUGGAAGAAAAUAAGGCUGCUUUAAAGGUUUACCAGCAGAAAUCUGAGGAGUUGGACACUUUGAGAGAAGAGAACAACAAAGCACUUGCUGCGAGGGAGAAGUUAGAAGACGCUCUUAAGAAGGCGGAAGACACGACAAACACUCAGAAUGCUGAAAAUGCAAAGCUCAGAUCUGAGAAGAAAAUGCUCGAAGAUGACCUGCACAAAACUCAGGAAUCUUUCAGGUCGUGUCAGCAGGCGGUUGAGGAGAUGGACAAUCUGAAAGUACAGAACGCCAAGACGUUAAUUGUAAAAAGCAAUCUUGAAAAUCAGCUCUUGGCACUUGAAGACAUAAAACAGAAGCAAAUCCAUGAAAUUCAAGUACUGAAGAGUAAAAACAGUAGCCUCGAAGGAAGCUUUUGGAAAACACAGGAAAAACUUGCAAAAUUGGAAAAAGAAUUGAUUAAAGAAAAAAGAUCUUCUUCAACCCAAACAGAGGCUGAACCACAAGUAGACAAAGCUAAAGUUCGAAUGCUCCUCCAGGAGCUCUGGCAUUGUGUGGACCCAGUGUCCCAAACAUCAGAACAUCUGCACUUAAACGGACCCACAGAAAACCAAAACUUAAAGGUCAGACUUUCAAGACCAUCACCUGGUCUACAGCCCGUCAGUCCAUUCAGAAACUGUAUUGCACAGCGGGCUGUCCCAACUCCCACUAAAGAAUCUAAAUCAUCUCCACAAAAGAGCAAAGCUGGACCUUCUUUGCUUGAAAAGACCAGUCCAAGUAAAGACCAGAGGAACAGGAAACCAGGCAGAAAGAAGAAACUGAGCCAGGGUUCCGAGGAGCUUCAUCAAAGUGAUUCCUGUACUGAUCUAUCACUUAAUAAAGACCAUCACGAUGAUAAGCUAUCAGAUGGAGCGAGUUGGAGGAACACUGAUCUGAGUGAUAUCCUGGACUUGUUUAGUCCAUUACCUGCAGCUCUGUCUCCAAUGCAUUUUUCUAAUGAGCAGCUUGAGGAUAAAGAUGAGAAUGAAGACAACCUGCCUUUAUCAAGUCUUAGGAAAAGUUUAAAAAGUCAGCAAUCUGCAUCAAAAUCAGAAAAGUUCAAAAAGCAAAGGUCUUCAGAACCACCAAUAGUUGUUCCAUAUGCUGAUACCUCACCUAAAGGCCAGGUGAAUACAGUGAUGCUGUUGGUUCCUCCUGAUUCUGAUAGUAAGGUUCUUCACAAUGCUGAGACAGAAAGCCAGGAAAUGGAAGUGGAGGAGUUAGGAGAGAUGAAGGAGAAGCUGGGUGCACUAUCUUGUACAGUUGCAUCAACAAGUUUACAGAAUGACAAUAAAAAGCAAUGUAGUAUCACAAUGGAAUCACAGCCGGAAGACUAUGGGAAUCAGACCAGUCUAUCCCAGUCUAAUCUUGGUAGUGAAACACCUAAUGCACCUGGUAUUGGAGUCACCAGGCAAGGUUUAGAUCCUGGACCCAUAGACGCUGACCUUAAGCAUGCAAAUACAGCUGAUAAGUCUCUUGAGUUAAUCUCUAGAGUUGAAGCAAAUGUGGCUGAAAAUUGUUCAGCAAGUCCUCUGAAUCAUAAAGAACCAGAGUUGCAGCCUGUAAGUGCACCAGAAGAAGAGGUUGCCCUGAGAAGUUGCCUUGUGUCAGAGGUCAUGACCAAAGAAGAAGAUUUGAAAACAGCUGAGGAUCAGAACAACAAAAGUGCACAAGGCCAGUGCACCCCGUCUACUAAGAUCAAUGGUGUGUCCUCUGUAGAGCCCCUGAAGAACAAACACUCUGAAGAAUCUUCAGAUGAGGAGGAGUUCUUUGGUCUAAAGAGAAAGGUCAGAGGCAUUUGCUUGAGAACUGAAAAUGUGGCCAAUGUUUCUUUCAACAAGUCACAAGAAUCGAUGGACCGAAAUCAGGGGAAAAAAUCUGAAAACAUAGAUGAUGUUUACCUUGAACCUGAGAUGGAGAAAGUUGAUGAUGGUUUACAAGAGGGAAGCAUGAUGGGGAGUAUGUGCAGCCCUUUACUUCCUGAAGAUGAUGCAACUGACAGCAGUCAGCAAAAGACACAGGCUAAGGAUGAAGAUGAAUCAGUUAAGCUGCCCCAAAACCUUUCUCCAUCAAAAAAGGGUGUCGAAUCUCUUAAGCUCCCCCAAAACUUCCCUCCAGCAAAAAAGGGUAACGAAUCUCUUAAGCUCCCCCAAAACUUCCCUCCAGCAAAAAAGGGUAACGAAUCUCUGAAGGUGCUUCAAACCUCCCCUCCAGCAAUAAAGGAUGAAGAAGAAUCUCUGAAGAUUCCUCAAAAUGUCCCUCCAGUAAAAAUGGAUCAAGAAGAAUCUUUGAGGGUUCUUCAAAACUCUCAGCUGGCAAAGAAGGACCCAGAUGAUCUUGUGAAUCUACCACAAAGCUCCCUAGCGACAAGGAAGGAUGAAUUAUUGAAUCUUUCUCAAAAGUCUUUGCCAUCCAAGAAUGGCAAGAAUGAAUCUGUGAACUCUCUGCCAGCCAAAAAUUAUGAAGGUGAAUUGGUAAACCCUCCUCAAAACUCUUUGCCGGUAAAAAAGGACAGUCAUCUGAAAGCCACCUUACCAAACCCUGAUGCACAUCAGGUGGAUGAUGACUUGUCUGGAUCUCAUGGUCACAAAAUUGAAGAUGUCAUUGGCGGUCCAGCUUUCCAGCAGAAAGACUUGAAGGGUAACUCUCAGAAUGUUGGUCCUUCAUGUUCAGUUGUCACUCCAACGUCUGCUUUGGACAAAGAUGUAAAUCUGCCUCCUGUCUCCAGAGAUGCACUUACUACAAACUUGUCUCAAGAAUCAAUUGGGAAGGUUCGUAUAGAGAUGGGUCCACCGCUGCCUCCAGCUGUUUUACCAUUGACAGCAACUCCUCCAAGAUUUGGGAAGCAUCACACUCCAAACAGGCCUAUUGGGCAGCCCUCCUGGUCCUCAACAGAGGGCCCAUUUUCUCUUACUCAGCAGUCAAUAUCCUCCCCUUCUUCAGGUCUUCAAGAUCAAGCAAAGAUGUCACCUAGUCUGAACACACCUUCACCAACCUGUGGAGUUCCAUCUUCCCCCUUACAGUUUGGCUCUGCAACUCCAAAGCAUGCAGUUCCUGUUCCAGGAAGACUUCCGUCAUCAGCCUUAAACUCCACAUCCCCAUCUACCUCACAGGAGAACUCGAUGCAGAUGCUCGACACCAUGUAUCCAGAACUUUCAGCCCAAGCACGGACUCUUAACAUCCUGCGUGGAAACCUCGGCAGGCCUGGUAACGAGAGUGGCCCCUCCCCACCCUCGGUCAAUCCUAUCUCGGGGAAUAAAACCAUCAAUUCCUCAUCCACGGCCUUUACCAAGACAGAACAGAAGCAGAAAAGAAUUGGGGCGAAUGUACUACUACCAAAAAGUGCCAAAAGGCUCCGACUUGAUACCUGUUCACCUGAUCCUGCAGCUUUUAAUGUUACUCCACCAGCCCAACAAGAUUUAUCAAGCAACAACCAGGAACAAAAAAGAGAGACAGAUGUCAAAAUGAAUGAUAAGCAAUCCCAACUCAGGGAUGCAUUCGAAAAAUUGGAAAGGUCGUGUUUCGAUGUGUUGCCUGUUAUCAAAAGUCAUGUGUUUCUUGGAAGAAUAUCGCAAAUUCCUGCUUUGCGAGAUGAAGAAAAAGACGUUAUCUCAGAAUUCUGUUCAAACCAGUCCAGCACAGAGGAAUUUCUAUCUGCAAUUUUGACCAAGAUAAAAGCAGAGAGAGACGUUUUAAAACAGGAAGUCCUGCAGUCCCUGUGUAGAGUAUAUAUAGGCCUUUGUCGACAGAGACAAGACUGGCAGAAAGCUCACGCCCUCGCCUACAGCGUCCUUAAAGAAGACUAUCCUGAGGCCCCUAAGCUGAUUUUAUUCAUGGUGUCGACAUGGCCAAGCAUGCUGUCCCACGAAAGCGCCCUGAGCCGAGCCGUUCACACAGUGAGCAAGCUGAAAGCAGAGGGGGAGAUAUUAGACUACCUCAGCAUGUACCUGCACUGGAAAGAGAAACCUCCAGGCGACAUCCACGAACUGAUCAGCAGCACAUUAAAGACACUCCUCGAGGACACGAAUGUGAAAUUUCAGAAACACGAUCGGUAUGGUGAUGAUCUCUGCACCCCAGCCUGGGAGUACAUCUUCAGUGUGGAUCUUCUGUGCACACACGUGGGGUGGAAGUGGACGCAUGAUAACAUUGUCGGGAAGGAGCUUUGGCCUGUUAUGAAUGCAUGGGUGACACAACCAAGAAAUCAGCAAACUCCAGUCCGAGACAUCUGUGUAGCGGCAGUACUAAGAAUAAUCGGUCGACUUGGUCAGCUGGGAAUUAAAGAGAAACUCUGCAAGUCUGUAGAAAAUGUUGCCAAAGCCAUAAACCUGUUCUGUAAACACGGAAUAACAGAAGGGGUGCCAUGGGAGGUGCAGCUCGCUGCCGUCUAUACCACUUACGAUCUUGCACCAUGUAACCCCAAAGAUGCUCUGGAAGCCUUGGCAUCAUGGCGCGGAGAAACCACACAGGCCGUCCCUUCAGCCGUCACCAGCUGCAUCACACAGAUCGGUUCCCUGUGCCGUCAGAUCAAAUCAUAAGUCACCUGUACAGCAUUAAUAGACUUUUAUUUUGCACAAUGUGUUUUUAAAGCUAGGUGGAUAAAGUGUGUGCCUGUCUUCCUGUCCAAGGUCUCAGAUUAUUAAUGUGGGUCACUGUCUAUUUGUAAAUGUUUGUACAUUUGUAUGUAAGAGUAACAUUAAAAUUACACCUCUGCAAAACUGUGAAACAUAAAACAUGCACAUGA